CAGCCUCCACCUCCUUCCCUGCUUCCCUCCCCAGCUACUCACUCCCUCUCUCCCCUCCGGCUGGCAGGAUUCCUGGGGCAGAGCAUGCAAUCAGUUCACAGGGAGCAGCCGCAGCAACAGGAAAGAUGCAGAAGCACAACCAAAAGGAGCACCUCUACAAGCUGCUGGUGAUUGGGGACCUGGGAGUGGGCAAAACUAGCAUCAUCAAGCGCUAUGUCCACCAGAAUUUCUCCCCCCACUACCGGGCCACCAUUGGGGUGGACUUUGCCUUGAAGGUCCUCAGUUGGGAUGCUGAGACCGUGGUACGGCUGCAGCUCUGGGAUAUUGCAGGUCAGGAAAGAUUUGGAAACAUGACCAGGGUCUACUACAGAGAGGCCAUGGGAGCAUUUAUUGUCUUUGAUGUUACAAGACCUGCAACAUUCGAAGCUGUGACAAAAUGGAAAGAAGAUUUGGACUCUAAGCUUGUUCUUCCAAAUGGCAAACCUGUGCCAACAGUCCUCUUAGCAAACAAAUGUGACCAGGGAAUAGACGUUCUUAUGAACAACGGCAUCAAGAUGGAUCAGUUCUGCAAGGAAAAUGGGUUCGUGGGCUGGUUUGAAACAUCAGCCAAGGAAAAUAUAAACAUCAAUGAAGCUUCCAGAUGCUUGGUGAAACACAUAAUUGCUACUGAGAGUGAUCCAGUUCAGCCUAUUGAAACAGAUAUUAUAAAACCACACUUGAAUUCUGGCAAGAUUGUCAGUUGUUCAGCUUGCUUUAAAUCCUAAAAGACUUCCAGACUAUUGCAAGAGCUGAACAACUAUAAUUCACAGUGUAUACUUCAUCCAAAGUACCCACCCUACCCAGAUUGUCCAUAAACAGAUGUCAGUUAUCUCAGAGAUCUACUUACAUGUUUCCAUAAUUUGUUAACAGCUAAAAUUUGUCGCAAACUUUUCAUUGAUGGCAAAUAUUCAAAACUGCCUUUGAUUAUUAGUCAAAUAAGACUCAUGGUGAUGGCUGCAUUUUCCUGGUUGGGUGUCACCACCAUUGAUAUCAAAACCUAUUUUUCUGCAGUGUUGUUUCUGAAAGUUCAUUUUCAUGAUGUUCCUGCAUCAAUAACCUACUUAUUCCUUGGUUCUCCUUGCUUCCCAUUAAACUUGAACGAUCUCUUUUCACAUGGGGGAGAGGAUGAUGAUAACAAAGAUAUAGGUGUUCAGGGAGAGGCAACAAGAAAUUUCAAUGUGAAAUAUUCCCAAGUUCAUUCUCCCGGAUGAGUUAGCAAGGUUACAUGCAGUAACCAUUCAUGUCAUUCAGUUCUGAAGAUCUCAGCUUCUGAGACUGAAACUGCGGCAGUUUUUGCUGUCUCUCCCUGAAGACUUACAACAAGUAAUGGGUGAUAAAACAGUGAAUCAAGGGUAGUCUCACAAGUGAUGGAGCUGACAGGUUUCAGAAAGGUUAUCUGUUCCAGAAAUCCAACAUUUCCUCUGAAAAAACUCAGUGAUUUUGUUCCUACCUAUCCAUCCUUCAUGCUGUGUAUUCCACAAGUGCCUGAAUGCAUCUUCUCCAUUACACUGAUUCUCAUAGGAUUUCUUUUUUGUGAUGUAAUGAAUAAACUUUGCAGGAACACAUCUUUAUUGGAUAGUAGGGUAUACACUUGCUAAGAACAUUCUCAUAGAAAACAAAAUCCUGUGAAUUAAAUCAAAAUGAUCAUAGCAAGAACAAUGGAACAGUCUUAAGAGUAAAAACUCCUGGAGAAUUUGCAGGAUUUGUUGAGCUGCAUUCUGAAAUGAAAUGGCAGACUUUCAGAGUCUCAUGAAAUAUGUGUGGACUCAAGCACACAGGUGUCUUAACAAAAAGUCUUGACAUCUGGUUGCAGGUCCCCGCAAGACAGACUUUGCCUGUCUCCUGCCACAGGCAAAUCACUUCCACUUUCUUGUUUCCAUUCAGCCUGUUCCCCCCUGAGCUGUGAACUGUCAGUGGCAAGGCCUAUCUUCAGAAAUGAGUUUCUGUCCUUGGAGAUGUGUAACACCAUGGAGGAGGAGGAGGCAGAGUGUUAUACAGGUGUUUGGAGACAUCACUGCAUUACUUCACAAUACUUCUUAGAGAAGAAGUAGUAAAGCUCCCAAAGGCUAGCAAAUAGGUGAUGGGUAGGAAAAACUAAACAAAAAUCUCCAUUGUGAUCUUAUGCUGUGAAACCCAUGGGGUCCAAGUGUCACUACAGCUCAGUAUGGUAAUGAAUGCUCUGUUACUAUAUAGGCACUGCAGAGGAGAGCCAAGGAUGGAGAUUUGACCCUUUGUAUGCUCUCCUUAUAGCCUUAAAUUGAUACAUUUUUAUCAUAGGAUUUUAGAAUAUGAAAGGAAGCUUUGAUUUUAAAAAUAAAAAGCCACAUCCACGAUUCACUGGUACGCACACACAUAGAUUUAAAAAGCCCUAUAUAUAUGUGUGUGGACUGGCUUUUUUCAAGGAGAAUAAAUUUCAGAUCUUGAUUUCAGAGUCAUCUUUUAACACAAGCUCCUGCUAUGAUCUGAGUCAAACACCUUUCUGCCUCAGUUUCCUCAUCUGUAAAAUAGGGAUUGAUGUACACACCUACCUCACAGCACUCCUUGGAAGUUACUGUUGGCACAGUGCCUUAAUAUGUUAUACAAAUGCCAAGACGUAUUAUGGCUCAGAAUGAGUUAUGAGUGCCCUCUAGCAUAAAUACAUGGUGCUCUAAUGCUCUAAUGUUUAAAUCUACCCACGGCUUGUCUGUACUGCAACAAUUAGCUCCAAUUAUUCCACCUCAGUUAACCUGGCUGAGGUUGUAAAGCAGCGUGGUGCUGCACGGGAUGAUUUGAUUAGCUGCAGAUGUGUUGCAAAUGGAAACUAGCUGCAUGGAUGUCAUGGUACUGGUUUAAUAAUCUCAGCAGCUAGGCUGCAAUUAAGAUCUACUGCCAGGUCAGUUAUUUAAGAUUUUAAGCAUUAUUUAAGUCAAGUUUUAUGGAUGCCUUAGUAAGGUUAACACUUAAAUCAUACCUUCAACUAGCACUGUGGUGAACACAAGCACCCAGACAAAUAGAUGGCUUCUAAAAGGCUUCACAAGCAGAAUCCCAUGCUUUACGUGCAAAUGUAGAUGCCUCAAGCAAAGGAAGUUGCUUUUACUUCCCAAAAAAUUACUGUGUACUCAACUUUAGUUAUCUUCUGAUCACUUAUCUUUAAUAGCUUUUAGGCAACACUCAUGUUUAUGACAGAUAUGACUAAAAAUCUGGGAUAAUGGCAAUUUAAAAAAAUAAACAUAAAUAAAACAUUUAGAGGACAUAUAGUUUUUGUUUGUUUCUGUUUUGUAUUUUUUUCUCUCUCUUUUUUUUUUUUUCCCUCUUAAUUUUGCUUCAAUGUGUUUUAUAACAUCUUUUAACCUCCAGUCUCAUUAUUUGUUGCCUGUAUUUCUGUUGUGUCAGGUUUUGCUGCAAUCACAGUUUUGGGUCAAAUAUCCUCUGAUAGAUGGGGGGGCAGAGUUUGGUCCAUUUCAAGGCUAAACAUUAUAUGAGGUCAAAUAAGACCUAAAGUCAUACAUAUUUAUACUGCAAGAAUAAGAAAAGUAUAAAGAAUCAAGCUUCCUUAGGAAGUUAUAUAACUUCAGAUAUUGAUAUUUAUUUGUACUGAAGUAUAAGAACCUGUGAAGUCUCUUUCUAAAAUGCAAUAAAUGUGUGAAUGCCACCUGGGCAAUCUAGUAAACAGAGCCCUUGCUCUGGAUGGUUGUAGGCAGGCCAGAAUGAAAACUUUAAAUUGGAAUGAAUGAGCUCAACAUGCUGAUACCUUUUCAGGAAUAAAUGUAAUCCAAACAGAUUGGAUUUCUUAAUUUUUUUUAAUUGUAAAAUUCUAUAUUAUGCCUUCUUUGCUGGUCAUGAGGAAUCAAGAGUCUUAAUUGCAUAGCCAUUUCAAAAUGAAACAUAUUCCCCAUUUGUAAUAAAUAAUAAAAGAUGGAAUCAUAGAAUCGUUAAGGUUAUAAAAGGCUGAUAAAGUCAUCUAGUCCGACUCCCAACCCAUCACCACCAUGCCCACUAACCAUGUCCCUCAGUGCCACAUCUACCCAAGUGGAUAAAGAUACUGCAAAAUGGAUUUAAAAUUCAGUCAUUCCUGUUCUCCAUAAAACUCAGGAUAUCCCAGCACCCAGAACCACGGAGUACACAGGCGAUGUGCUGGUCAUGAAGGAUGAGACCCAAACACUCAUGAAAAAUGAUGGUUGAGCAUCUCUACGAAAGACUUCAGAUAACAACUCAACCACAACACCAGCAAUGAUAGAGUGUCUUCCAUCUUCUCUCCUCAAAGAUUUAGAUAUGUAGCAUCUCAUGGUCCUAAAUACAUUAAGGUGAUCCUAAAUAACUUGGAAAGCACAUAUAUAUACCAAGAACAAGAAAAUAGGAGGGAAUUUUAAAUUAUGCUCUUUUAUGACUGAAAGAUCACGAUCAUUAUUUAUUUGACCAGGUUGGAUUUUCAAUAAAGAGCCAUUUGAACGCUUAAAAUUUUAGUCUUCUCAUGCAUCAUCUUUAAGACUAUGUUUUUUUAAUUGAACUUUUCAGUAACAGUUGUUCCCAACAUAACUUUGUAUGUGAUAUUUUGUCUUCAGACUCUCUCUCUCUCUCUCUUUUUGUCCCUUCAAUUUACAUGACCAUGUAAAAGGGGAGGGAGGGUGAAGGGGCAUGUUUAAAUAGCAGUUUUGUUUUACUUCUUGAAACAGCAUGUUCAGCUGGUUGAAGUGAAAUUACAUACGUGGGGGAACACAAUAUUAUAUCAAUUACCAGCAAACAGUCAAUGGAAAUACGUUUUAUCGCACCAAUAUUUAUGUAUGUGACUGCAGGUCCAAAUGUAAUAAACUAAUGAUAUUUCUGACAAAAUGUGGAAUAUGAGUGUUUUGUGAUGUUAAUUCAUUAGCUUUGUAAUAACCUACAAAUAGGAUGAUGUUAAUUCAACUGUUCUCAUCUGCAGUCAAUCUAUGAUGUAUUCCCAGUGGCUUUGUUUUUUGCUUUGUCUUUUUGCCCUGGAAUAGUUUCAUUUAGACUGUUUCCUUUCUGUACAUCUCUCUCAAAGCAUCCAAGUUAGCAUUUGACAUUGAUUAAGGGCUUGCAUGUCUGAGAAUGAAACUUUGUACUUUUUCAUCCAUUCAUCAUCCCAUUUGAUUUACAAUUCCAGAUGCAGUUUUUAUAACUCUGCCUCUCGAGAGAGCUGCAGUUCAAAGUCUAUUUUCUGAAGGAAAAAAUUUUGGCUUGAAAAUAGAUGCAUCAUCAGUUUUGGGGUUCAUUAUUGAACACAACCUUUUUUCUUGGAAGUCUGACUGGGUAAUAAGUGGGCUACAUUUGCAAACCAGGCAGUGUGCAUGUUUAGGAUGUAGGAACUGCAAGCAUUCAUCUUCAGCUGUCAGGCCAAACAGGUGCCUGCAGCAGUUCUACACAUUGACCUUUCAUGAUUCUCUUCUUGUGC